AUGAUUAUCUUACUGGAUUUUAAUGCCCCUGCUAUUUAAGAGUGGAUAGAAUCUUGUAUUCUGAAUUCAUUAAUAUUCAAAUUGAUGUAUUGCAUAAGAAAGCAUUUAUUGUUUGAUAAAAGCUAUACUAUCUUUAUUAACCAAGAAAGUAUUGAUAUUGGGGAAGUAAUAUUUUGGUUAAUAGUUAAGUCUACUUAAUAAAUCAAGUAUGUUAUUCCAUUGAAUUUGCAAACAAGAAUUGAUUGGAAAGUGAGUGAAGAAAAUUAGAAAUUAGAAGCUUUUGCAUUAUUAUGGAAAGGAGAAUGGAGAUACUUUUAUGCUGAUUAAAAUGUAUUAUUAAGAGUUAAAGAACAUAUGGAUGGAAAAGUGGUUUAUAAAAGUAUGGAUCCUUUUUUUACAACUAUUGAAAAAAUAGAAGCCAACCAAUUAAGCUCUGUAUUUACAUAAAAUUAUUAAUAAGAUUCGAUUGAUCCAAAGAAAAGAUAAUUAGCAUGUUUUUGCGUGUAAAGAAAUGAAAAAACAGAAAAAAUAUUCCUAAUUAGUAUAUUGUCAUAUUAUCAUAGUUUUUUCAAAAUGAAGUUGAAAUAUUGAAAUAACUGUCUCAUAAAAAUAUAGUUAAGCUUAUAGAAGUCUAUGAAUCAGAUUACCAUUAUUAGAUAGUAUUAUAAUAUUUAAAAGGCGGUUCACUUAAUUAAUGUCUUAAAUAUUGUAAACUGAAUAACUGUGAAAUUGAUGUUAUUAUGGAAGUAAAAUCACUAUUAAUAACCUUAGUAAAUUUUGGAAGGAAUAAAUUAUUUACAUAUUAAUGGAUAUGUGCAUAGAGAUAUUAAACCAGAUAAUAUAUUGUUCAAUGAUUUAGGAUUAUUUUCUUAAUUAAAAAUUAUUGAUUUUGGAAUUACAUAAAAGUUAGAGAUCUUAGAAUCAGAAAAAAAUAUGAAAUUUGGAACACCUGGAUUUAUGGCUCCAGAAAUAUUUGAUUACUCUUAAAAAAUAUCUGAAAAAGUUGAUAUCUUUGCAUGUGGAGCUAUACUUUAUUAAAUGUAAGUUUUUAUUAAGAUGUUUAGGUUGACUGGACUAAAAUUAAUUACAGGCAAUACUUAAAAAGAAAUUAUGGAAAAUAACAAAAAAUUUAUUAAAAAUAAUUAAAUACUUUCUAAAAUAAAACAAUCUGAUUAUUAAAAUCUUGUUGCACAAAUGUUAGAAGAAGAUCCAUAAAAAAGAAUAAGUGCUAAACAAGCUUUAAAUUAUUUAAAUUUAAUGAAGAUUCCUUCUCAUGCAGGAUCUUUAUCAAUUUAAAUACAAACUCAUGAACCUGUCUAAUAAUUACCUAAUUUCAAAAAAUUGAUUAAUAAAUAAUGA